UGAAAGGAGAGCAAAGGCGAAUAUAGAAUGGUACUGUUCACCAAGGACGUACACGACACAGAAAUCACUUGUGCUGUGCGUUGCUGAAAGCGAUCAGGAAUACGAUGAGCAUCAAGAUUGAAGUUCUUUGGGGUCCUGAACCAGAGGGCAAGUUUAUCACCCUGCCACUGGCGUCCGGGCGGUUUCAAAAGAUCUUAUUUGAUCGCAGUUUGCCAAAGGUUCUUAUUGUGGGAGAAGGCAAAAACUUCACAUUCACAGCCGCCUUUGUAGCGCUCAGACGAUCCUUCGAGAACGUCAUUACAACCACAUGGCCAGUUCUUUCGCCGGAUUGGAGUGAAGUGGUAAAGACUGCCUUGUCGAAUGCGCACAGAAACCAAGAGUUCCUCGCCAAGUCUGAUCUUUAUGAUACCACGUCAUUCACCGUUGAAGAAGUAUAUACUCGCUACGGAAGCAUUUUUGGUGUAUCACCUUCCACUGGUCCAACCUAUAUCGGAAAUGUCAAUGCGACAGAACUUGAAGAACACGACAAUAUAAUUCACAGUCAUUGCGAAAACAUUUUUUUCCAGUGUCCCCACGACGGGCAAUCGGGAACCCAGCACCUGAUUGUGAGUUUUAUGUCGAGUGCCGCGCGGGUGCAGAAGGCUGGGAACUACCUGUUCCUUGGAAUCACUAAAGAUGGACGAUAUUCCAAUGUUUAUGGCCUUCGUGAGCUUAUUGAAACAUCUGCACCAAACAUCGGUUAUCGGUUGGAAGGGGUCGAUGACAUUACUAUUCAAAAGAUACUGCAUUUUGGGUACAGGCAUCAAGCAAGAAGAGAUGAAGAUGAUAUCCAUGACAGAAUAUUAGCGCAUCAUGUUACGCUUGUUUUUCAUAGAGAGGACUCUUCCAGUAGCCCAGUAAAUGCAAAUGAUUUGAGUGACGAGUUUGCCUCGAGGCUCAACAUUAGAGAACCUCAGAGAAGAACCGGGAUUGAAUAUUCUGACGAUGAAGGAUAGGAG